AUGGUCAACUCCUGUUGUGGCUCCGUCUGCUCCGAGCAGGGCUGUGGCCAGGAGAGCUGCUGUCAGCCCAGCUGCUGCCAGCCCAGCUGCUGCCAGACCACGUGCUGCAGGACCACCUGCUGCCGCCCCAGCUGCUGUGUGUCCAGCUGCUGCAGGCCCCAGUGCUGCCAGUCUGUGUGCUGCCAGCCCACCUGCUGCAGGCCCAGCUGCUGUGUGUCCAGCUGCUGCAGGCCCCAGUGCUGCCAGCCCAGCUGCUGCAGGCCUACCUGCUGUGUAUCCAGCUGCUGCCAACCCACCUGCUGCAAGCCCAGCUGCUGUGAGACCACCUGCUGCAGGACCACCUGCUGUAAACCUUGCUGCAUCUCCAGCUGCUACCAGCCCAGCUGUUGCAAGCCCCAGUGCUGCCAGCCCAGCUGCUGCAGGCCCCAGUGCUGCCAGCCCACCUGCUGCAGACCCAGCUGCUGCAUCUCCAGCUGCUGCAGGCCCAGCUGUUGCAUUUCCAGCUGCUGUAGACCCCAGUGCUGCAUCUCCAGCUGCUGCAGGCCCCAGUGCUGCAUCUCCAGCUGCUGCCAGGCCCCCUGCUGCAGGACCAUCUGCUGCCGUCCUACCUGCUCCAGUGCUUCUUGCUGCUGA